AAGCGUAAAGGUUGUAAAAGAAAGCAAAUCCAGACUAGCGGUAUAAUAGAGUAUAGUACAGCAGCGUUGUAUAUAGCUGCUAAAGUGUCUGGAGCAUCUAAUCCACGGAAAAAGGUGGGUAGUAGAGAUGGUGCAAAUAGGGCUCUACCAGCUCAACGGCGCUGUGGAAACUGUGGAAAGGCUGGGCACAAUACGCGUACGUGCAAAAAGGAUUAA